CACGGGCUCUGCUGCCAGCUUCCCGAGGUACCAAGGCAAUGAGGAUGGAGGAAGGAAUGAACAUUCUCCACGACUUUGGGAUCCAGUCAACACGCUACCUCCAAGUGAAUUACGAAGACUCGAAGGACUGGUUCAUCUUAGUGUCUGUGAUUGCUGACCUCAGGAAUGCCUUCUAUGUCCUCUUCCCCAUCUGGUUCCAUCUUCAAGAGACUGUGGGCAUCAAACUCCUUUGGGUGACGGUUGUUGGGGACUGGAUCAACCUUGUCUUUAAGUGGAUUCUUUUUGGACAGCGCCCAUACUGGUGGGUCCUGGACACGGACUACUACAGCAACACCUCGGUGCCCCUGAUAAAGCAGUUUCCUGUCACCUGUGAGACUGGACCAGGGAGUCCUUCUGGCCAUGCCAUGGGUGCAGCAGGUGUAUACUACGUGAUGGUCACCUCCACCCUAGCUAUCUUUCGUGGAAAGAAAAAGCCAACAUUUGGAUUCUGGUGUUUGAAAGUCAUCUUGUGGUUGGGAUACUGGGCCGUGCAGCUGAACGUCUGUCUGUCCCGGAUCUACCUUUCUGCUCACUUUCCCCACCAGGUUGUGGCUGGAGUCUUGUCAGGCAUUGCUGUGGCUGAAACUUUCAGCCACAUCCGGGGCAUCUACAAUGCCAGCCUCAAGAAGUAUUGUCUCAUCACCUUCUUCCUCUUUGGUUUCGCACUUGGAUUUUACCUGCUGCUAAAAGUGCUGGGAGUGGACCUGCUAUGGACUUUGGAGAAAGCCAAGCGAUGGUGUGAGCGGCCUGAAUGGGUCCACCUGGACACCACGCCCUUUGCCAGCCUCUUUAAAAACCUGGGGACCCUCUUUGGGUUGGGGCUGGCCCUCAACUCCAGCAUGUACAUGGAGAGCUGCAAGGGAGACCUCGGCAAGUCACUCCCGUUCCGCCUUGCCUGCAUUGUGUCCUCCUUGGCCCUCCUGCACCUGUUUGACACUUUGAAACCCCCAUCCCAGGUUGAACUGGUUUUCUAUGCUUUGUCUUUCUGCAAGAGUGCCGCGGUUCCCUUUGCAUCGGUCAGUCUUAUUCCCUACUGUCUAGCCCGGGUUCUGGGCCAGACACACAAGAAGUCUCUGUAAGGCACGUGGGAUCUUUGGUGUUUAAAGUCAACAACCAUGCAAAGGGUUGGGGGCUACCAAAGCCUCCUGCACUCAAGGCCAGAGGUGGUCACAUCAGCCCUGGUAACCCUGUCUUUCUUUGCUAUCUUAAGCAAAGAAGGUGACUUUUGCAAUGCUAAAGGGGCUGUUUGAGAAAACCUUGAGAGCUAGAAGUUGGGUCGGUCUGGAAUUUUUCCCAAAGACCACUUGCCACUCUCCUGUCAGACAGAGAAUAGCAAGCCCAGGCCAGACAUCCUGACUGAGAAUUCUCUCCCUGUGCAGAAUCCUCCCAGCUGGAAAAAGGGCACAGUGUAUUUGGUAAGAAGAGAAAGAAGGACCAGGAGGCGGGGAAGUGUUUUGUGUGUUGAGCAAACCACGUGCCAAGCCAUGUCUAAACUGCUUCCGUUAUGUCUGAGUCUUUAGAUAGGACACUCUUGAUAACGGUAGACGAACUUAAGGUGUACUGAGCAGCCAGCUAAGGCGGUAAAUGUGCUUCUGGCUUUUCUCCGUUUGUGUUACUGAAUGGCUAUGGUACAUUGCACAAGUCAGAACACGCAGGCAUCAUCAACUUCUCUAUCAGUCAGUCUCCUCCACAGCCUACAUCUGCAUUCCCUGGAAUUGUCUGAUGCUUCCCUGCCCCUGCAGCUGGGCCCUCAGAUGUCAGCGGGUGACUGUUUGGUGGUGCUUUUGUAGGGUUAAGUUAAACUCUAAAACCGUGGGCAAAGGACAAGGGGAGAGCCAGGAUGCCUCUCUCAGGAAGGCCACUCCAAUGCUAUUUUGAUUCCUGGAGCAGAAUAUGACUCCUUUCUCUAGCCCAAGCCAGACAAGAACUCAUUCUUAGAGGAAAAGCCAGCUCCAGUCUUCUCUGAUUUGCAGGUUAUAUCUUCAAAAAGAAAAGAAAAAAAAGCUGUAGCUAUUUAUUCAAAAUUCUUUGUUUUUGCUAUGAAUUAUACAUGUAUUCUAACCCACAUCAAGUGCUCUGUUCCUAACAUCUUUGAAAAGAAAACUACAUGUGUGCAGUAUUUUAUUAAAACAUUUUAUUUAAGAAUGGA